AUGAUUUAACAAAACAAUUAACCCCAACUAUAGCCUAGUCUUAGCAAAGUUAACAGUUUAUCUGGAGCAAAUAGACCUCAAACAUCUCAGAAUCAACCUAACUAGGUCUAGCCAUUACUUCUAGGCUCAAGCACAUAAAUGCAGUUAAUGAUUUAAAAGAUAUUGGGAACUACCUCUAAUAGCAAGGAUAACUUUGUCAUUUUCAACAAGCAAGAGUGCCUCUAUCUGUCCUAGUCAUUUUUAGUGAUUUAUGACUUUGUUAGGGAUGUUUAAGUAAUUCACUUUCAGAAUCCUAACAACAAACCCUAUCGAGCACUGCUUUAUGAUAAAGAGACUUAGACCAUAAUGAUUGGAGAGGGGAACACCAAACAAGGAGAGAUACAUAUACUGAAAAUAUAAGCAUCUAGCAAUGUAAAUAACAGUAUUGGAACUGGCUAAAAAACUAAUUACACUCUAGAAAUGGUAAUGGUACUAAAAGGGCAUAAAUAUGGAAUAAAGCAAAUUUAAGCUCUAGGUGACAUUAUAAUCAGUGUAGGUGAUGAAAUUGAUAAAGGCAUUAUUGUUUGGGAGACAGUUACUCCCAGAAUAUUGAGUGCUAAUCUUAUAAAAGAGAGUAGGAUAAAUGGUGCAUAAUUCUAUCAAGCUAUAAACACUUCUGAUGAGGGAGGGGAAAUUUAGUUUAUAACUUAUGGCUAGCAUGGACAUUUGAAACUGUGGUCAAUUGAAGUGCAUAAAGAUGACAACUACCUUGUAUACUCAGUUCAGACUGUGAAUUCAAAUAAGAGUGGUCAGAGCAUUCCUAAGAUGAUUGGGAAUAAAAUAAUUUUUAUGAAAGAUGGUAGUGAUCAAGAUAAAGUAGAGUUCACUGAUCUAAUAAUACAUAAAGGAUCAGCCAUAGUCUUAGGGUACUUAGAGGAUGAAAAUAACUUUAAGACUUAUUCAAUUUCGAGAGUCAAUCUCCUCUCCUUUAAAAUGGAAGCUUAGUAUCAACUCCCCUAUUCAUAAAAUAACUACUUAAUGCUUUUGGAUGAAAUAACUAAUUAGCUCAUUGUUUAUGGCUCAUUCUAAAGGCUUUAAACCUAUGAUGCAAUGACAUUGAAGCUUACAGUAUAAAAAGACCUUAAUUGGGCUAAUCCUCCCUAAUUGGGUAUUCUAUAAAUGAUAAGCCAAGAAAUUUAUGACUAUUUGAUUUAAACUUAACAGUAAGAAAAUCAGCAAUUUGCAUAAACCAGAGCCUUAAUAAUGAACAACGGCAUAUUAAUAUAAAUUUUGGAAGAUGGUAUGAUAUUGAUACACGACUAUGCAUAAAAUAAGCUUAUUCGUGUAAUGAUCUAGCAUUUUAACUCUAUAAAUGAUUUACAAAUUAAGGAAUAUCUGUAGUAUGAGAAACAGUUGUCAUUCUUCACUUGUAGUAGUGACAAUACACUAAGAAUGUGGAAUACUUGCCUUUCAGAAUAUGAUGAACAGGCGUAUCAAAGUAAAAAGCCUUGUGAUGUUGAUCUUAAGAGAAUAGUCAGGAUAGAUGAAAGUGAUUAGUUCAAUGAAGAUGAAGAUCAAUAACCCUAAGCAAAUAAUCUGCUGAAUGAAGACUUGGGUAUAAAAUGUUUAGCUUAUAAUAAAAUGAGAAAUUAAUUAGCAGUGGGAGAUAUGGUUGGAAAUUUAAGACUUUACUAAAUGAGCGCAGACAAUCAUCAGUAUUUGCAUCAAAUUAACUAUGUCGAGGCUCAUGAAGGCAAAGUAGUAACUUUGUAAUACUCAGAGCCAUUUAAUAUCUAGGGUGGUUAUGUUUAGUUCUUAAUUUCAGCUAGUAGUGAUAGAAUGAUUCAUAUAUUUAAUGCUACUAAUGAUGAAUAUGAGCUAAUAUAGACAAUUGAUGUCCAUACCACUUCUAUAGUUGAUGCUAAAUUUGCUGUUUGCACCAUUGGCAUCAAGAAUAAACACAAAAUAGUAUCUUAUGAAAAGUAGCUCAGAUUAUAUACUUGCUCUACUGAUAAAACAGUACUAGCUCACAAAUAUAAUCCUGUAGAUGGCAAAUUUAUAACCCUAUCACCAAAAGACUUGCAUCGCAAUAAGAUAUAUAAGAUGGCUCCUACAGAAUAAAACGUAAUAUUUGCAAAGGAUUAAGGGAUCAUUGAGAUUAAAAGUAUUGAGGGAAACAAGUCAAUUCAAAAUUUCCAAUAAUCUUCAUAAAAUCAGAGCCUAAGUAAAUCCUUGCUUGAUUAUACCUUUAUGACAAUAAGUUAAGACAGUCAAAUGAUUGGAUUAUGUGAUAAGGAGAAAUCAAUAUAAAUAAGAGAUGUAAGAUAUCUUGGCAAUCUUUUGAGUAAAUUCAACCUUGCAGAUUCGUUAAGCAGUUUAUAAAUUACAAGUGACAAUUAGUAUGUGAUAGCUUCAAGUUAAAGUUCAAAAGAACAAGGCGGAGGUCUCAUUUAUAUAUUCAAGGUUGAGAAUAAUGCUCAAAAAAUAAAAAGAAUGAACCAAUAAACUUUAGCUUAGCGCAAUGCAGAUAAGUUGAUAACUGUUGAUACUACAGCCAAGCCAGCUUAAUCUAAAUUCGAGCCUAAAGGCUUUGAAUAAUUAUCAAACAUGCCUUAAGCUAGGAAAUUUACAGUAAGAGAGGAUUUAUAUAAUACAUGGGCAAAGAGCACUAAUAAAACUGAAAAUCAACCAAUAAACACUUCUAUAGAAAACUAGUAAAUAUAAUCAAGAAAUAUUGAGGAAAUAGAAAAAUAGUAGCAGUAAAUUAUAAUGCAACCGACUCAUAAUCUAAGAAGAACUUCGACUGGUUAGAAUCCUGUCUAGCAUCAGAAAACAUACGAUUAAAGAGCUUCAAAUUUAUCUAAGGAAUCCUAAAUUAGUCCUACCAAAAUACACAAAAGUUAGACCUAGGCUGAAGCUUAAGUUAAAGAUAUUUAAGAUAUAAAGGAAAUAGAUGAUUUCAUUAAUGAAAUGGUAAAUGAUGACGAAACACUGCUAAAUGAUUUAGAUACAGCGAAGAUAGAAGAGGAUGACAUAAAAUCUCCUAUAAAUGGAGAUGAAGAGUAAAAGCAAUAGUUUGAUAAGAAGAGCCUUGUGGAUUCAGAGAAGAUCUCGAUUGAGGAGUUGUCCGAGGGUGAAUUAGAUUAGAAAAUUCAAGAUAAAAUGAAGAUGACUCUGCUAGACAACACUAAUAUCAACAAUAGAAGCACUCUGAAUUUAAGAAAUUCAUUAACUAUGAAGUAUCUAAUUGAAACACCAAGGGCUUAAAACAUGCUAACUAGUAGGAAUACUGAAGCCAGAUAGUCGAUGAGCUUUAGUAAUUUUAGAACAACAGUGAAGGAUGAUCAGAAUCUAGCAAAGAAAGCUAUGCUACUAGGGUUAUCUGAUAAGAAAAUUGAGGAGGUUGAAGAGGGUCCCACUAAAGAUGAUGCUGCAGUAUUCAAUGAGCAAUUAGAUAGAGUAAUGACAAUUAUCAACCAAUAGAUUGGCUUGCCAGCUGAGAAUCUUGAAGAUUCCUCAAAGGUCUAGAUAUCUAUGAAAAUCAAUAGAGCUAUAGGGCUAUUGACAAAACUUUAAACUUAGUUUUUGGAAUAGUUGUGA